UCAGAUUCUAAGCCUGGUCCAAUACCAAGGGCAGUUAUGAGACAGAUUAGUCAGAUUUUAAACUCAUAUCCUAGAGGAAUCUCAAUGACAGAACUUCGGGCAGAAUUGAAUAAGGGUUAUGCGGGUUUAGACAGAGACCUAUAUGGAUAUAAGAAGUUCUCCCGCUUUCUUUUGGCGAUGCCACAUAUUUUAAAGCUUCUACCUGGAAGUGAUGGCCAGUUUUUCGUUCGGGCAAUCACUCCAAAAGCUCCUGAACUGUUUGAGUCCAGUCUGGGUACAUCUAAUGGACAUGUUGGUAGAAAUGGAUAUCAGGACCUCUCAAAGCCUUUGAAGUUGAAUGGUGAAGAAAGCCAUAAAGAUGAAGCUGUCGAUGGAAAGUCAAUUUUGCCUUCAUCACCUGAAGUAAAUGCGGAAGACCCUUCAAGAAAGAUUCAACAGGCCCCUGAAUUAAGCGAGAAGGUUGUCCGCAUGGAAAUGAAGGAGCCUCUUAAAAAAAAGCCACAGCCCACUCCAACUGAGGAGAAGGUUUCUAUGCCAGCUGGUGUACAGGAAACUGAGGGAAAUCUGUCUCCUGUGGAGGAACAAGAUUCCUCAUCUGAAGUGGGAUUCUUCAGGAAAAAUUGGUGCAGAUGGUUUGGUGGUAAAGAUGGGGUUUCUGAAAUUAAAAGUCAGAACAUUCCUGAAAAAUGUAGUGAUUCCGGAGAUAUCUCUGAGAGGACAAGUCACAACUACCCUGAAAAAUCUUGUAUUAGUAGUGAUAACUUUGAGAAGAUAAAAGUUAACGAGAAGAGCAUGAGAUCUCCAAGUCAGGAUGCUUAUCCAGUUGGAUCCUCUGAAGAGAAUAAAUUUGCUAGAAGCACUGAGCCUUCUGUUGACAAUUAUACCCCACGUCCAGGUGUUCUAAAACGAAUAAUAAACUGGUGUAAAUUUCAGAGUAGCGACCAAGACACUGAUACAUUGGUUGAUCCAUCCAGUAUAAGACAGAUCGAGAUACACAGUAACUCUCAAAGGCAUGAGGUUUUUAUGAAGGAUUCUUUCUGGUUUGACAUGGAAUCCUUCAUGGAUUCACCUAGAGGAUUGGUCAUUGUCGCACAGUCUAGGACCAGGGAACAGUUGGCCCAAUGUCUGCGAAAGGAAGGCCCUUUAGCUCUUAGAGAUCUCAGCGACAGUGAUAUUCUUAACCUGGUAGAUAUGUUGAUAUCAGAGAAGAAAUGGGUGGAAGAAAGCCCAUCUGAAAUAUCACCUUUCAAACUUAUUCGGCCAGUUGUAAAGAGGUCUUCUUUGGGUCAUUCUUGUCCUGCAAAUGGAUUGAGAUCAAUCUUUUCAAGUACGCAGUCACAAUCCAACCCACCAAAUGUAUCGGAGCUUAAUGGAGAGAAAAAGAUUCAAAAUUUUUGUCAUGCUGGAAUUUCCCCACCUAUCAAUAAUAAGAAAACUUUGGACAGAUCUAGAAAUGACAUAUUAGCCGACUGUCAGAACCUUGUGAACGAUAUAUUGAAGGAGUACCCAGAAGGAUAUAAUAUGGGAUCCUUCAGGAAAUUGUUCCUUGAGCGGUAUGGCUAUCAUCUUGAUUUAAAAAAACUCGGUUACCAAAAGUUGGCAUCCCUGAUACAGAUAAUGCCUGGGGUGAAAAUUGAGUCAAGUCAUAUCUUACCUUCCAGACAAGUAGUUGGUCGCUCUGAUCAGGAAUUCUUUUUUGAUAACAUUCAAAAAGAUAAUGCCUAUCAUCCAGUAACUAGCCCAGAUAGUGAAUCAUCUGAGACAUCAAAGAAGAAUGAUGAUUCUGACUCUCCAUGGGAGGAGCUAGGCCCUAUUUCUAACUUGAGUUUUGAUAGAAAGGACGGGCAAUCAAUGCCAAGGAAUUCAGCGAUGGAGGAAACAGAGAGAUGAUAUCCUGAUUAUGAACCUUCUGUCUCGUAUGAUGAAAUUUCAGAUUCAGAAGUCUCAACUGGAACACUUCUGGAAGGGCGAGGAAAGCCGGUAAUAAAGGAGAAAGAUAGCUCGUUAUUGCAACUCCUGGAUUCAUGGUACAGCAGUAAUGAAAAAAAGAAAAAGACAGGUCAGAGAAUGUUGAUGGCAUGGUUGAUUGUUCCACCAGGGGUGUAAAGCUUUUCUAGUUCAUCAGAAGUAUCGAACAAGAGUGAAACCUCUUUGAUGAUCUUCGGACGGGAGCAAAGACCUCAAAGGAACUAUUCUUUUGUUUCAGACCCUGUUGACUGUUGAGAAUAAUAAGGACAAGUUGAUUGAUGGAUUAGUAUGCAGCUUGAAGAAAUCAGGUUUUUCUUUAAAGGAUCCACAUUUGAAUUCAGAAGGCCUUAAGCCAAUAUAUUAGCUAGCUAGUUGCCAUUUGUUGAAAUAUAUUGUCUUCUCUAUUUGGCUUCAUAAUGAGAAAAAUGGUACUAAAAGAGAAUCCUGAAAGUUAUCAGAAAGUAAACAUCGGAUUAAUUAUAUCAAUCUUUUCAUAUGUGGAUUCUUAAGACUUGGUCAAAGAAAUUUCUGUUCAUUAAGCAUGCGAGAAAUUGGAUUGAUUGGGACUCAAAAGCA